CGGGGCGUUCGGGAAAUGUAGUUCUACAGCGGCGUGGCAGCGCAGACGCGAGCAAAGGAUUUGAGUGUAUUAGAGACGGACGGAUGAAUUAAUCGCAGGAUCGUGCAGAAGAGAGAAGAACAGCAGCAGCAGCAGCAGCAGCAUCAGGAGCUCCUCGCUGUUUCAUGAUGGCGAUGUUCCGCAGUUUUGUUUCUGCUGCUCAGCUCAGACCGGCUCAUCCUCAUCCUCAGCUUCAGCACGGAGAGAGUCUGGAGAGCCAGUUUUCCUGCCCCAUCUGCCUCGAAGUUUAUCACAAACCUGUCAGCAUCUCCAGCUGUGCACAUACGUUCUGCGGGGACUGUCUCCAGCCGUGUCUCCAGGUCACGUCCCCCCUCUGUCCCCUGUGCCGCAUGCCUUUCGACCCCAAAAAAGUGGACAAGUCGUCCAGCGUGGAGAAGCAGCUCUCCUCUUACAAAGCGCCGUGUCGAGGCUGCAGCAAAAAAGUCACACUGGUUAAAAUGAGGUCACACAUCUCGUCGUGCACAAAGGUCCAAGAACAGAUGGCCAACUGCCCAAAGUUCACGCCCGUGGUGCCCACAUCACAACCUAUUCCCAGCAAUAUUCCGAACCGAUCGACUUUCGCGUGCCCGUACUGCGGAGCAAGAAACCUGGACCAACAGGAGCUGGUAAAGCACUGCAUGGAAAACCAUCGCAACGACCCAAACAAAGUGGUGUGCCCCGUGUGUUCGGCCAUGCCCUGGGGCGACCCCAGCUACAAGAGCUCCAACUUCCUGCAGCACCUUCAGCACCGGCACAAGUUCUCCUACGAUACGUUUGUGGAUUACAGUAUUGAUGAGGAGGCGGCACUGCAGGCAGCACUGGCGCUCUCGCUCUCCGAGAACUGAGUCUCCCAGCAGCCUCAAAAUCCAGUCAGACCAAUCUGAAACCAAUCACUUCAAUCAAGUGGCCUCUUCAACCAAUCACCACGCCCAGCUUUGAUCUCUUCAACCAAUCGCCACCUUUAGCUUUGAUCUAUUCAGCCAAUCACCACCUCCAGCUUUGAUCUCUUCAACCAAUCACCAUGCCCAGCUUUGAUCUAUUCAGCCAAUCACCACGCCCAGCUUUGAUCUCUUCAACCAAUCACCACGCCCAGCUUUGAUCUAUUCAGCCAAUCACCACCUCCAGCUUUGAUAUCAACCAAUCACCACCUCCAGCUUUGAUCUAUUCAGCCAAUCACACCUCCAGCUUUGAUCUAUCCAGUCACCACCUCCAGCUUUGAUCUAUUCAGCCAAUCACCACCUCCAGCUUUGAUCUAUUCAGCCAAUCACACCUCCAGCUUUGAUCUAUCCAAACAAUCACACCUCCAGCUUUGAUCUAUUCAGCCAAUCACCACCUCCAGCUUUGAUCUCUUCAACCAAUCACCACCUCCAGCUUUGAUCUCUUCAUCCAAUCAUCCACCACACUGCAGACAUGUCGAGAACACCCCACCUCACUUAUCCCACAUUUUACUGCUGUUUUACUACGUUUACUUGCUUCUUCCUUCUCAAAUCAUCUCACCCUUCCUCAGCUGAUUAAUCUGUGCAAGUUGGUUUGUGUCAUGCUUAGAAUUUCUUACCCAGAAUUCCUCUUUACCUGCACUGACGGAGACAGCACUGUCACCCUACCUGCUGCAGCCAAUAAAAGCCGCCGGGCGCGGUGAACACUUUAGUUCAGAGGAGUGUCGCUCGGUGAUGUCGCUAAACUGCCACAAACGGCCUUGUGCCAGUUACACCAUCUUCGCUAUGGUGACCGUAUCAGUGAUGGAUGUCUCGGUGACACUUUUAGAAAGACAGACACAGAGAGACACACGAUGAGAGAGAGAGAGACGAUGAGAGAGGGCGACUCUCCAGACUGUACAGCGCAGGAGAAAACCAAAAUAAAUGAUGAUAUAAACGUGUCCUGUGGAACUGACUCAGCUUUAGGCAAUACCAGUACAAUUCACACCAUCAUCCAUCACUCAACGAUGGCCACUUUUAUACAAUUCCAGUCAUCACGGACACUCACAGUUUUUUACACGACUAAAUUCUAGUGCUGAUGUUCUUUUAUAGCUCUCUGAUAAAAUGCUAGCGCUGCGUUAUCCUUCA